UUCGUCUAUGGCACAGACAAAUUCUCGGUCAAGGGUUACAUCCCAGCUGCCUCUGCUGAUUUUCAGGCUGGGGAACAACAACCAACUUCUGUAAUUGGCACCUUAGUAGAUAGGACAUGGGUGAAAGUACAAGUAUUACUGAGCAGAGGGCAAAGGGGUUGGCUGAAAACUCCUUGGAUCAGAAAAUAAAUGUGUAUAUAUGGGAUAUGGAUGAGACUCUUAUACUUCUAAAGUCUUUGUUAAAUGAAACAUAUGCAGAGGCUUUCAAUGGUUCAAAGAAUGUACAGGAAGGUGUGAAGAUAGGAAAGAUGUGGGAGAAGCUCAUUCUUGAUUUGUGUGACAAUCAUUUCUAUUACGAAGAGAUUGAGAACUACAAUAAACCCUUUCUUAGUUCAUUGAGCCAAUAUGACGACGGGCAGGACCUUUCUAGCUAUGAUUUUAAACAAGAUGGGUUUGGCCCUCCAUAUGAUGACGUGAACAAAAGGAAACUCGCUUAUAGACAUCGGGUCAUUGCUGACAAGUAUAAACUGGGUUUGAAUAGUAUUUUUGAUCAAGAGAUGAUAAAGAACUGGGAUGACAUGUAUACUAUGACUGACAAAUAUACUGAUGGAUGGCUUUCCUCAGCACGCACUUUCCUGGAGGAGUGUUCGGCUGGGAAGGAAGAAGCAUCUGUUGCCCCUGCUGAUGGAAUUGAUGACUCUGUUGCUACGAAGUCUCAAAACAUCAACAUUUUAGUGACGUCCGGAUCAUUGAUUCCCAGCCUUGCAAAAUGCUUGCUCUUUCGACUUGACAAUAUGAUUGCACAUGGAAAUGUCUAUAGUUCAUGGGAUGUGGGGAAGCUUCACUGCUUUCAAUGGAUCAAAGAACGUUUUAAUAGCCCAAAUGUCCGUUUUUGUGUAAUUGGCGACGGAUGGGAGGAGUGUGAAGCUGCAGAAUUCAUGCGGUGGCCAUUUAUUAAAAUCGAUCCGCGACCAGGUUGCUCUCACAGGUUUCCAGGCCUCACACUGAGGACAGUAGGAUUCUAUCUUUCUGUCGUGUAUGGCAAUCCUGAUCUUGAAGAGGAUAAAGAGUGACUUGAUUUGCAAUGGCCAAUCGAUAAGGGUGCUUGAGAAAUCCAGAUUGCAUUUGAUCUAUGCCCGUUGUCUGAGGUGUCAGUAUCUGUGUGAAUUAUCCCGAAUUUUCUGUGUUGUUGGUUUAGAAGAAGUGCUUUAGUGGCUUCUGUUCAGUAUAUGCUGCCUCUGUUGGUACAUUCAGGAGCCAUUUUUCAGCUUGGAAAUGUUUGGAUAAGGAUAAAUUCGAACUGGGUUCAAGGAAACCAGUUCGUCUCUAACAGGUUUCAAGUCCAACAUUUCGGCUGCAACAAAUGCAUUCCUCCUUUGUAUGAUGGUCUUUGGCAAAUGGCAAGUUUGGCUUCAUUUCAAUGGUGGCUUAAGUGCCACAUCUACUUGUCACCUUCGACUAUAUAUUUGAUUGAAAAUGUUGUUUUACUGACGGGGUUAGUUUGGUUUCUCUCACAUCGGGAUGGGCCCCACUAGCUAGGGCUCAGAGCCCCCAUGCUCCACUCAAGGGUGGGACUGGGGUGCUGUUUGAUUAGAGUGAGAAAGGUGACAAAACCCAAAUCUAAUCAUUUUCGUUUGAUUAGAUAGGGCUCGUUACCAAACUUUAAAGUAAAGGAAAGUGUAAUAGGAUUAGAAAAAAAAAAAAGUAAAGUAAUAAAA